AUGGCGAGCGUUCAACAAGGAGAGAAACAGCUUUUUGAGAAGUUCUGGCGAGGAACCUUUAAAGCCGUGGCCACCCCGCGUCCCGAGAGCAUCAUUGUCGCCAGUAUCACGGCCCGCAAGCCGCUGCCAAGGACAGAACCCCAGAGCAGCCCCAUGGUCCCAGCUCAGGAUGGACCCUCGGAAAAGCUGAGCCAGCCUCUGGCCACUGAGGUCUUGGGCUCCAACAGCUGGGAGAGAGGCAAAGCCUGCCAGGAGGCCAGUCCUGCCAGAGCACACAGUGCCUCCCAAGGCAAAGACUUGACGCCACCCGCUUCCUCCAGGGGGAAGAAGAAAAAGAAGAAAGCUACCCGGAAGAAGAGAAGGAGGUCCCCAUCAUAUAGCCCAUCGCCUGUCAAGAAAAAGAAGAAGAAAAGUUCCAAGAAACAUAAGAGACACAGGUCAUUCUCCAAGAAGAGAAGGCACAGCUCCUCCAGCCCAAAAAACAAAAGAAGGGAAGAGAAGAGGCACAAAAAACAAUCGCGAAGCCGGCCCCGAAAGUCUCACCGCCACCGUCAUCACCACUGCGCCUCGCGAUCUCAGAGUUCGGAGUCCCGCUCCUCAAGCUGUGACAGCAGGCACCGUGGCCAGUCCCCCGAGGAAGGGCGGAAGUCCCGCCGAAGGCACUCUCGCCGCUGCUCCAAGAGCUUCUGCAAGGCCAGCCCUGAGGCCCGGUCCAGCCCCGCGCCCAGCCAGCCCCUGCAGAUGCUCAGCUUCCUGUCGGCCAGGGGUGUAAUCACUGGGCCGGGGGCUGCUACCCUCUUUACCAGAACUGCCAGGCUGCUCGCCACGUCCCGAGGACGCUCCCAGGAGUAUGACUCGGGCAAUGACACCUCCUCGCCACCCUCCAUGCAGAUCAGCUCAGCCAGGUCUCGGGGUCAGGAGAAGGAGAGCCCCACUGGGGGCCUGAGCAAGAGCCGGGGCCCCAACAGCGGCAACACCUCUGAUUCAGGGAACUCCUUCACCACCUCCUCCCCCCAGAACGAGGGGGCCGCUUUGGAGAAUCUCUCCCCCACCAGCAGGGGCAGAGAGUCAAGAGGAUUCCAGUCGCCAUGUCUGGAGUGCACCGAGGUGAAGAAGUCCAGUUUGGUCCCACCCACAGCCCGGAGCUCCCCCAUGAGAGGGCGCUCCCGCAGCUCGUCCUGUGCCAGCGCCCACUCCUCCAGAUCUCCAAACCCCAGGGCCUCCCCCAGGUGCACCAGCAGCCGAUCCACCUCUUCCGGGAAAAGGUCCUCCUCCCGCUCUCGCAGCUAUUCCUCCAAUUCUGGCAAGAGGAGCCCGCCUAGCAGAAGCUCUAGGUCCCGCCGAAGCCCCAGCUACUCCCGCUACAGUCCCAGCAGGGAGCGGGACCCCAAGUACAGCGAGAAGGAUUCGCAGCAGCGGGAGCGCGAGCGAGCGCGGCGGAGACGUCGGUCCUACUCGCCCAUGCGGAAGCGCCGGAGAGACUCCCCGAGCCACCUGGAGGCGCGGAGAAUAACGAGUGCCCGGAAACGCCCCAUCCCCUACUACCGGCCCAGCCCCUCUUCAUCCAGUGGCCUCAGCAGCACCUCCUCCUGGUACAGCCGCUCAGCCAGCCGAAGCUCUUCCCGGAGCCUGAGCCGCAGCCGCAGCCGCAGCCGGACCCGGACCCGCAGCCGCAGCCGCAGCCGGACCCGCACUAGCAGCAGCUGCAGCUCCCGCAGCCCCAGCCUGGGCUCUCGGAGCCGGAGCCGGAGCCGGAGCCGGAGCUACAGCUCAGCAGACAGCUACUCCAGCACAAGGCGCUAA